AUCAAUUAUGUAAUUAUGCUUCUUGCAGCCGGCAAUGUAAUGAACAUUCCGCCAGCGGCUUGGUUGCAAAUAGAAUUUUCUUUACCCCCAUCUUGGACCUCGCACUUCAUGAUGCAAGAAAAGGAAAAGUUCACCAUGUUCAAGGGGUUUGACAUUCCUUCUCAAGCUUGGUGUUAUUCAGAUUUUUCGUUGCCAAAUUCCUUUAGCGAGACUUGCAAAACGGCAGAAGUUGACCCAAAUUCAGUCUCUGAUUCUGCAUUUAACAAGGAAUUAAACACCAACAGCCAUCUAAAGCAGGUUAGGAAACGACCUAGAAAUUUUACAUUUGCCAGCAACUCAGGAAAAUCAAUGCGACGCAAGCCAAAGUUGGAUGAAUUCCGACAGCACAGAGACUUUAGGAGACCAUUUAUGUACAGGAGAUUAAAAUUACGCAAAAUGAAGUUGAAGACAACACUGACAAACAAAAAUAUCCAGUGUCGUUUUUCCUGCACGACCUCUUUAUACAGUGUGGUAAGAAGACCAAAGGGUCACGAAGCUGGCCCCCCCAAAAAAGAAGGGUGCUCAAGUGAAAGUGACAACUUGUCCAACAAUUUCAGGGAGAGGGGUGGGUCCCCUGAGAGAGGCAGGGGUUACUCUGCUGAAAGUCCCACCAACAGUUUUCGAGAGAAGUGUUACUCGGUGGAGAACAGAAGGGGACUCUCUGCUGACGAUAGGAGAAAAACUCGCAGCUGUUCUAGACAUUCAAAAAGUUCUGCUACUGAUGAAGUUCUGCCAUCAGAUUCAGAGUCUUCUACAGAAUCAUCAAUUUCAUCAGUGUCAUCAGAAGAAAAUCAGGACAGCCGUAUUGGAAAGAUAGUCUUCGCAAGUCUCAGGAAUGGUGCCAGUAUGUCUAGAUGGUGGCCAGCAAUAGUUAUAGAGGGCAAAGAAGUAAACAAAGCAGAGAAGGCGGGCUUUGUAUGGAUCUUUUGGUUUGGAGAUCAUAGAAUAUCUCAGGUAUUGGCCAGUAAUAUAGUGGAUUUUGCGUCUAACUUUACCAAAUAUGGAUUGUGCAAUAAAAUAGUAAAGAACUGCCCGAACUUCAAUAAAGGACUGAAUGAAGCUGUACAGAUCUGUGCGGAGAGACUAGCCCGAAACACAGAGGAUGUUUCAGAAGAGGAAUUACUGGGCUGGGCUAAAGAAGGAUUUCUGUCAGAUCAAGGACAUUUCUUACCUCAUCAAAAUGACUCAUUGCCUGAAAUGGUUAAAAACUACCUCACAAAGAUAAAGGACAAUUUGAAGCAUGUAGAAACAUCUAAGAAAAGAUCUCCAAACAAAAGUGCAGUGAGAGCACUGAAGGCUGGUGAGAAAGAGUUGUCUGAAAUAUGCCUGUCUUGCGAUGAUAUUGAAAAUACGGAAGUGGAGGAUCAUCCCUUGUUUUUUGGAGGACUCUGUAAAGCAUGCAAGGAAGAAUGGAAAGAGUAUAUACACAUUUAUGAUGAGGAUCAAACAAAUACAUUCUGUGUGAUUUGUUCAACUGGAGGGGAUCUUGUGGUGUGUGAAGAUGUAAACUGUGGAAAGUCAUACUGUGUGGAGUGUAUCAGGAACUUUCUCAGCGAGGGGCAGCUGAAAAAAAUCAAAGAAAGCAACAUUUGGAACUGUUUUCUCUGUACGCCCUACGCUAAGCCGACUCAUGGUUGUUUGAUCCCUCGCCCGAACUGGAGGGACAAAACGGUCCACAUCUUUGAUUCGGGAUACAGAACAGAUAUUUCACCUUCAUUUUUCACCGGUCCCAAGCAAGCAGUCAGGGUGUUGUCUCUCUUUGAUGGAAUCUCAACUGGAAAAGUAGUUUUGGACAGAAUUGGAUUUGAAGUAGAAGCAUAUUAUGCUAGUGAGAUAGACGAGGAUGCCAUGUUGGUUUCUAUGGUGAAUCAUGCAGAUUCCAUAGAAUAUCUUGGAGACGUUAGAAAACUGAGCAAUGAAAAGCUGGAUGAACUUGGUAGAAUCGAUCUUCUGAUCGGAGGCUCCCCCUGUAAUGAUCUCUCCAUAGUCAAUCCAGCCAGGAGAGGGCUGAGUGAAGAGGGAACAGGGCACCUGGUGUUCGAAUUUGGGAGGAUUCUGGAGUACCUUCAGUCGAUGUCGAGGGCCCAGGGUCAGCACCUCUUCUGGAUGUUUGAGAAUGUAGCCUCUAUGAGAGCAGACAUAAAAGACACCAUUAGUGAAUGUUUUAAGUGUCCUCCUGCCCUUUGGGAUGCUAAGUACGUAUCGCCCGCCUCUCGUGCGAGAUACUUCUGGGGAAAUAUUCCCGGGAUGUACAGUACCCCUUUCUUGAAAAACCCAAACUCCACUGAAGAUUUUCAUUUAAAUGAUGUCCUGUAUCUACAAAACUUUAGGUCAUCCAGGUACAAGAGUAUCCGCUGCAUCACAGGGAAAAGGAACUCCUUAAAACAGGGGAGGAAUGAGGACCAGCUGGUUAUUCUGAUGAAGGGUAGAGAGGACAACAUGUGGAUCACAGAAAUAGAAAGAGUGUUUGGAUUUCCCGAGCACUACACUGAUGUCGGCAACAUGUCCGUCACUGCUCGACACAAGCUGAUUGGCCAGUCCUGGAGUGUUCCCGUGGUGGAGGGCAUUCUGUCCCCACUGAAGGAAUUCUUCCUCACUAAAAAUGAUCUCAAAUAAUUGUGAUAAACACACUCGCAUGUUUUACAUUCGGUUCAUGGAAUGGUAGGAGAGGAUAAAUCAUUUGCUCCAAUGGAAUUCAUUGAUUUUUAAAUUUCAUUAAGUUCACCUUGGUUUGUGCAUUUCUAAACAAUGAGUAUGAAAUUAAUGUUCGAUAAAUGAAGUUUUAUUGAUUUAGGUGUUGUGAUGAUGGACAAGACAAUUAUAAUUGAUUAUUAUAUUCUGUGAUUUAGCUUUUACUAAAUAUUUUUAAAAAUCAUUUUAAGAAUCAGAUUGAAUGAUAUUGAUGGAUACAAUUUUGUGAUUCAGUUGUGAUAAGAAGGCCAUGAUACCAUUUGUGAUAAUCUUUAUGUAAAAUUAUACAUAUAUAUUUUACUUGUAUACAUGUAAAUCUUUUUUUUUUCAACUCAUAAAAUGGCAUUUGAAUAUUCAAAUUGAUGUGAAUAUGGGUGUGAAAUUCUGGUGUCUUGAUUUAGUGUUACUUUUGCUCUCAUUGUUCAAAUUUCUUAAUUGGUGACAGCAUGAAAUGUUUGAAAUAUACAUGUGCACAGUGCACUGAAUGCUAUUGCAUAUCAGUUCAGGGUAAAUGUGUCAAUUUUAAGAUAUUUACAUUUCCGAUGUAUUUGCCUAUGGUAUCUUUACAAAUUUUCAUGAUAGCCAUUUCCUCAUGAAUGCACUGCAGUUGUGAACAAUGCGCUUAUGAAUCUUGAUUAAUAUUGUACGUCUGUUCUAACGGCUGGGAAUUUCAACAGAAAUAUAUAAUUAAGAAGAUUUCAUUUUGAAAAUACAUGGAGGUAUGGGCUGCAACACUAAUGCGCUUCAUGAAAAGCAUGCCAGUGUAAAGGUCACAGUUUAUACCGUGGUGUAUUUUCAAAAUUGAAAUUUAUUUCUUAAUGCUCAGGAUUGGACUCUGUAGAAAAGAGUGAUCAAAUGAGUUGUAUAAUAUCUUGUUUGAGCAACAGUAACACUAAACCAGAUGGCAGACUUGGUAUUACAAGGUUUGUAAUAUUGGACUUUUAUGGCAGUCAGUUUUUAAAUAUAUUUCUUUUUCUUUGUGUC